AAGAUCCGCCUUCGACUGGUUUGAAUCCACUUUCUUCUUUGUAAGCACCUUUGUCAAGGUUUCUUGUUCCGUAUUUUGGUCUGGAAGAAUUCUUCCAGCUAUAGCGAGCCUCCGUCAGUGGAGAGAGCGCAGCAGUGGCUUAUUAUGGCCGGGGUGGAGAGCUCUCGCAAGCGGCCUGGCACGGCGGAGGAUCAUUUUGUGCUGGCCAAGAUGGCUGUUGAGAAGGGCCAAUACGAGACAGGCAAACGCCAUGCGGUUGCACACAUUGCCAGCAACCCAACUGAUGUCAAAGGUCACAACCUCUUGGGUGAUGUCUAUGAGAAGGAAAACCAGCUGGAAAAGGCAGCGGAAUCGUUCCGGAGAUCCUGGGAGCUGAAGAAUACUCAGAAGGCUGUCGUCAUGAAAUUGGCAAACAUUUAUCUUAACAUGCCAGAACGUUUGCCUCUGGCUGAGGCUUGGGUAAAUCGAGCCCUCAAGCUUGCACCAAAUGACUCUUCAGUAAAGCGACUGCAGGAGCAACUGCUUACAGCGAGAGCUACCAAAGCUGACCUGGAGCAGCUUGUUGGCCUGCUGAAUCGCCAGUUGUCAGAGAACCCAAUGGACAUGUCACUUCACAUUCGCUAUGUCCAAGUCAAUGCUAAAAUUGGUCGCCUGUCGGAUGCUUUUCGGUACUGUGCCGAGUUGGAUUCCAAGCGUAUCUUUUAUGACGAAGUCCUGUGGCUGAACUGCUUUGCUGACUGUGCCCAGAAAUACUUAGAUGCUCAUGAGCUUGCAGCUACUCUCCGUCCUCAGAACAACUCACAGGCUGUGCAGCGUGGUCGUACAACACAGCUCAUUUUACUGCCAGUGCUCAGCCGCAUUCAACAGAACAUUGUGUUGUCCUGCUCACUGGAGGAAGCUCAGAAGAAUUUGUUGAAAUUGGACUGUGCACUGAUGCGAGCCUGGGACUCUAGUCCACCUAGUCAGACGUCUCCUGGCAAGGACUCUCUGUGGAGUAUUGGCCUCAAUGAAAUUCGAGCCCAGCUCUAUUUUCAUGUUGGUGUGUUGUUGUUGAAGACAGCCACUGAUAAGUCAUCAUCUCUAUCCUGGGAGACUGCAUCAAACCUAGCAUGUGUUGUGUUCAGUGCCUCGCUGGCCCAGCCUCUCUUUCCCAAGGAGUCGACGUUUUCCUUCCAGCAGCCCAACCUCUGCAGCCAGCUGCACCUGCUGUCCUGCAAGCGUCUCAGUGAAGCCGGUCACAUCAUGGACAACUUCUUUGAGCGCUUUGGCGUUGACUGGAUGCAGCAGGCAGUGGAUCAGCACUGUAACCCUCAGGGUCAGGGCAAGUUGGUUGAAGUAGCAUUUGGCCGCCUUUUUGACUCAUCUGGGAUGUUUCUGUACAACGACUCUCAGUUUAUUGACACCAAGAUGGAGUUGCCUGGCGAGGACAUGGAGAGCUUUGAUGCAUCUGUUGUGGAGAACUGCGGUGGAGAUUUGGCGACACUAGUGUGGCUAAUGCGCUGCCAGCCAAUCCAAUCGGAUAGCUCUAGCAGUUGUGUGCACAAUUGGGUCACGUCCGUGCUGCCUGCUAAUUUCUACAUGGAAACAAGUGACAUCCACUCUGCAUCGCCGGAUACGCUGUGUACUGCUGACUUGGAGGCUUUCUUGGUAUGUGUCAGCCAGUGGACACAGUGUGUGGACACUAGUGCGGACAAUGAGCUAUCUUCAUUCCGCCCGUCGCUGAUGCCCUUAGCACUGACCUCCAACCUGCUGACAGACGCCCAAAGCAAGUGGUGGUCAAAUGUGUUGGACUUUGGCCGAAACAAAUCAAGUGAUCUCCGGCGUGCUGUGCGCAAUGGCUUACAGGAACUCCGGGCAGCUGGCUCGACUUUGAUCGAUCCAGACCUACUGCUCGCCGUGUCCUUCUAUUUUGCCGGUUUGAUCGAGGAAAACACAGUGCCAGAAUUGAUGGAGCCUUGGCAGACCAGAUGCCUGAACUACGUUGAUCUUGGAAUCCGCACUGCUCGAUCACUUCAAAGUGAUGCGACCUAUCUGGACAAUGCUAGCAACAUGUUUCCUCUGGCUACUCAGUGGACGGCAUCAAAGUGCCGGAGAACAGUUCAGCAGCUUGUUGGUGUCCGGCGGUCUGUUCUUGGAGAAGCUGAUGCAUCCAGCUCAUCCCUCGAUGCCAGCGGUAGCUUUCUGAACGGAAGUGAUGUUCAUGAUGUCAGCGAGCAUGACGGUGCAACUGCUUCCAGUGCAAUUGACAAGGGGAAUAGUUCAUCUCCACUGCUGAAUGCUUCGAUGAUAUCUCAGCCGGAUACACGUGCCGAUGUUGAAACUCACGUGAAUCAGCUGAAGGAGAGUGCACUGGCAGCAAUGCGGAUGGAGAUGGCUCAGAUGUCGUCGCAUGCGUCCGAUUUUGUCGAUACCAUCGAAAAGAAGCAGCAAGGGUUCAUGGAGCAAUGUGAUCGCACUGUAUCCAACAUGAUGACGGAUCUUGUGCAACAGCAACAUGCCUUUUUGGAAGAGCACACCCGUACAAUGACGAGAAUGAUGUCGGAUCUAGAGAAGAGGCAACAGUCAUUCAUGGACCAGCAGACGCAGUCCAUGUCUGCAUUGAUGUCGCAUGUUACCAGCCAAGCACGCUCUGAUGCUGGAGAGAAACUGAGCGCUGAUACUUUGGCCAGAGUGACUGCUCUAUCACAGGAUCUGGAAAAACGUGACAAGGUCAUCAUGGAGGAACUUCAGAGAGUUUCUAAGUCCGCGUCAUCUUCUGCGGCAGAGUCUCUGAAUAGCAAGCAGCAGCUGGAUGGUUUCCUGGAGAACUUGCAGUCACAGUUUGAUCAGUUCCUUAGCCAAGCUGGUGGGUACUAUGCUGACAGUGGAGAGGGUGACUAUGGUAUGAACAACUACUAUGAGACCUACAACUCACCUGCUAAUCAAGUUCAGCAGGCUCAGCAGCAACAGCAGCAGCAGAAUUUCCAGGCUCAGUCGCAAACACAUGACUACCAACGCUCUUUGGAGAGUGUCACGUCACCCAGUGCUAACGCCUUGGCUCGCAUCUCAACAGGCGCCACUCCUAUGAAGUCUGGUGGCGAGUCAACGACACCCACCAAUGAAGCAGUCAUUGCUAGUGCUGCUAUUACUACCACUACUGCAUUGACUGGGAAGACAGAUGCUGCACCAGUCUUGUCAUCACUGUUGAGUGGCUCUGCUCGGUUUUCUGCUGGUGGUUCGACCAGCGGCUUCAAGCUUGGUGACACUUCUGCAAGUACUUUCACUGCUACAGCUUCUGGUGGUUCGGGCAGCAGCUUCCAGUUUAGUAGCACUUCUGCUACACCAGCAAGUACUUUCACUGCUCCGGCCACUACUGCUACUAAUACUUCGCCUAUCAGCUUCACUCUUGGCACUGCUUCAAGCAACACGGCGAAUAUCUCUCCAGCUACAUCAGGCAGUGGCAUGCUUAGUGGUUUCAAACUCGGCACCACCUCUGGCACCUCAUCCAGUACGGUUGUCACCACAGUUGCCAGUUUUGCCAGCAGUUCACCUGGUGGCUUUAAACCCAGCUCUGCAUCUGGCAUCACCAUGCCAACGUUUGCUUCCCCGGUUGCUAGUGGCUUGACGGGUGGUUUCAGUAUGGGUGGCAUGACUCUACGAUCUGCUUCUAGUGAGACCACGGACACUUCUGUUGCUGCGGCUACUACUUCUGCUGGUAAUGCAACUGGUGGCUUCAGUCUUGGUGGUGCUUCUCUUGUCUCUUCCAGUGGCUCAACUGCUAUUCCCAGUCCAUUCCAAGGUGUGACCAGCCAGCCAUCCCAGAUCAAGCCGCUUGCUGGUUUUGCAGAUAGUCUACAGCGCUUCCAGAGCUCUGCUGGUACCGGCGGCUUGUUCUCAACUACUUUUGCAACACCUGCAAGCCUGCUGAGUAAAUCUGAUGGCAAGGCAGAUAGCAGCAGUAAGGGUGCUGAUAGCCCCCCGAAACCCACCAUGAAGGGUUCUGCAAGCCAGUUACAAGCGCCAGUGAUAUCAGUGACGUCCGACGACGAGACUGUGGAUGUUUUGGCCGACUCUGGCGAUGCUGAUCGUGGCGAGUGUAGAACAGGUGAUGAUGGUGAUGGUGAUGAUGACAAGUUGCAGUUCAAGCCUGUUGUUUCACUGCCUAAGCUUGUCUCAGUGUCCUCUGGUGAGGAAGAGGAGGAUAUGCUGUUCUGCGAAAGAACAAAGUUGUUCCGAUUUACCGGUGGCGAAUGGAAGGAGAGGGGCAUUGGUGAGCUGAAGAUCUUACAGCACAAGACAACCGGUGUUGCCCGUAUCCUAAUGAGACGUGAACAAGUCCUGAAGAUCUGUGCCAACCAUCGCAUUGCUCCUGAGAUGGAGCUCAAGCCCAUGAAGGGCAGUGACCGUGCAUGGAUUUGGCAGACGCUGGCAGAUAUCAGCGAGGACAGCCCUCAAACGGAGAAUUUUGUCGCCAGGUUCAAGAAUGCAGAGAUUGCAGACAACUUCAAGAUCGUAUUUGAGAAGUGUACUGCCGAAACAGGCGACUCUCCACAGUCACCAAACUCAGGCAGCCAAUCAGAGUCCAGUUCCCAAAGUAGCUCUGUCUCAUCGUCUCCCGAGAAGCCGCAAACCCAGAAGUCUCCAGUCAGCUCACAACCUGAUGGAGCAUCUACUUCUUCUGUAAAGCUGCUAUCUGGCUUUGGUACGCAAAGUGCUUUCGGUAGUGGAACUGGUCUGACUGGAGUUGCAAAUAAGCCGGCAACAUCCACAGCGCCAUUCUCGUUCAAUGCGCCGUCCUCUAUUUCAACACAACCUUCAGCAGAUAAACCUCUGUUUGGUAGCUCAGAAAAACCAAUGCCAUUCAGCUUGUCCUCAGCCCCAGCAGCACCACCAGCAGUAGCCCCUGUUUCUUAUACUUCAGCAUCCACUGGACAGAUAUCCAGCAAUUUCGGCUCAACAUCCAUGGCACCAUCAACUUCGGAUAAGCCUGUGGCAGGCAGCUCGACAGCACCAACCCCUUUCUCGUUCAAGCUGCCCAAUUCUUCUUCUGCAUCUGCGCCCUCUGCCACACAGGGAUCCAGUGUUCUUGGUGCUUGGUCGACAUCUUCUCAGCCACCGUCAGAUAAGCCUCUGGUUGUCAACUCAACGUCCACAACACCUUUCUCUUUCAAAUUACCAUCAUCAUCAUCAUCAUCUUCUACAGCAUCUGGUAUGUCUGCUGGGCCAGCAAGUAGUAUUCUGACAACACCAUCAUCAUCGUCUUCAGUUCAGCCGGCAGCAGAGGAUAAGCCCCUAUUUGGUGGCUCGGCGUUCAAGUUUACACCGUCGACUGGCACUGCUUCUUCUAGCACAUUUUCUAGCUUUUCUUCCACUUCACUGAUGACUUCCACCACUGGUGGUGUGUCAACAUACUUCACCACCCCUACUACUGCUAGUGCAAGCAGCACUACCCAGGAAUCUGCAAGCUCCUUUGGAAAACUCACCGAAGUAGGUGGAAUCUUCUCCUUCAGUAAGCCACCUGCACCAGGAAGUAGCAGUGACCAGCAGCAACCAUCUGCCAGUCUUGCUAGUGCAGCUUCAGGAUCCACAUCAAAGGAAGAGGAUGACGAAGAUGUUCCUGAUUCUGCUGCAGGUGAUGACGGUGAUGGUGAUGACUCAAAGCUUCAGUUUGAGCCGGCUGUUCCCCUACCGGGGCUCAUCACAGUCUCAUCCGGUGAGGAGGACGAGCAGAAGGUCUUCUGUGAACGAGCCAAGCUAUAUCGUUUCACCAACGGCGAGUGGAAAGAGCGAGGUGUCGGGGAGAUGAAAGUGUUACGCAACCCCAGUACCAAUUGUUCUCGUAUUCUGAUGCGUCGUGAGCAGGUACAUAAACUAUGUGCAAACCAUCGCAUCACCUCUGAAAUUGACCUCAAGCCUAUGAAGGACAGUGAACGUGCAUGGGUGUGGCAUGCAUUGGCCGAUUUCAGUGAGGGUGUGUCUAAGCCGGAACAGUUUGCCGUGCGCUUCAAGAGCCCCGAUCUUGCCAAGGCGUUCAAGUGUGCUGUAGAUGAGUGCAGGCAACCUACCCAGAACUCCUCAUCAUCUGCCACAUCCGCUGGUGCCACUACCGUUAAGACAACUGCUAGCACUGGUGAUAGUGAUGAGCUAGCAGUUGUAUUUGAGCGAAAACCAACAAAGGAAGAGGCAGAGUUGGCCAGGAAAUAUAUGCUGCCGGACACGUUCUAUCUGUACGAGCAGAAGCCAGCAUGCCCUGGCUGCCUUGGCUGUGUGGAUGGUGAUAGUAGUAAGCUUUCAACUGUGACUGGAGGUGCUGCACCGGCUGAAACCAAGUCCUCUGCGCAGCCUACUGCUGCAGAAAGCAGUGAUCGACCGCACCCGCAGGUGCAGGUAGCCAAACCAACCACUUCAUCCAACUCAUCUGCUUCAGCAUCUGCAUCAUCAGCAGCGUCACAGUUUGUCUUUGGAUCUUCAUUCGGAACGCCAGCAGCUGCUUCAGGCAGCUCAUCGUUCGCUUCACUUGCAACGGUCUCGGAUGGCUUCCAGACCCGCAAUCCUGGCAAGACUUUCUCUGUUACACCUGGCCAGACUGUGGCUGUAUUUGGAAGCGGUUCCGGUCAAGGACAGGCUGAUGACGGUGAAGACCCAGACCCUCAGUUUGAGCCCGUGGUGCCUUUACCUGACCUUGUGGAAGUAAAGACCGGCGAAGAGGACGAGGAAGCUGUCUUUCGAGAGCGGUGCAAGCUCUACCGGUACACGGGUGAAGAGUGGAAAGAGCGAGGCCUCGGUGAGAUGAAGAUCCUUCGUCACAAGCAGAGAGGCAACUACCGUGUACUAAUGAGACGUGAACAGAUUCAUAAAGUCUGUGCUAAUCACUUGCUCAUGGCUGGCAUGUCCAUCAAUCUGAAAGCAGGCACCGACCGUGUGCUCGUGUGGCAUACUGUUUCUGAUCUGACUGAAGCUCCAUCACGUCCGGAGAACUUUGCACUGAGGUUGAAGACGCCAGAAAUGGCACAGGCGUUCAUUGAAGCAUUCAAGAUGGGUGUUGCACAUGAUCAGGACAAGAAAGCGGGUGCAGAGAGUGGUGGUGCUUCUAGUAUUGUGCCUGAUUCUGCUUCAUCACGAUCUACAUCUGAGCAGGCGCCUGUUGUCUCUGCACAUUCACAGGCACCUGCUGCCACGGAUACUCGAUCCCUCCGUGACAUGAUGAACAUCAAAUCAGGCACAUGGACUUGUUCUGGCUGUUAUCUUAGCCAUGAUCCCAGCGUCGCCAAAUGUCCAGCAUGCAACACACCACAAUCAUCAACUCAAUCGGCACCAGCUGCUCCAUCUGCUGCUUCAGCUGCUGCUGCUCCCCGUGCUGCUCCAGCUUCUGCUCCAACCAUAACUGCCAGUGAUGGCAGAUCCCUACGUGAUUUGCUGAACAUCAAGUCAGGCACAUGGACUUGUUCUGGAUGUUAUCUUAGCCAUGAUCCCAGCGUCGCCAAAUGUCCAGCAUGCAACACGCCACAAUCAUCAACUGAGUCGGCACCAGCUGCUCCAUCCGCAGCUUCAGCUGCUCCAUCCGCAGCUUCAGCUGCUGCUGUUCCCAGUGCUACUCCAGCUUCUGCUCCAACCAUAACUGCCAGUGAUGGCAGAUCCUUGCGUGAUUUGCUGAACAUCAAAGCAGGCACAUGGACCUGUACUGGUUGUUACCUUAGCCAUGAUCCCAGCGUUGCCAAGUGUCCAGCAUGCAACACUGCCCGGCCAUCAUAACCUGCAAGAGUAGUAAUUUGUCAUCUCGCUACUGAUCGCCAAUCACCUGGGUGUUUCUCAGUCCACCAGCCAAACCUCUGUGUUGAUGAUGGUCUCACUGGUGUUUGAACGGAACGUGACGAACGCAUACAAGCGUACGUGCCUCAUUCCUCACGUCAAUAUGCUGCAGCUCGCUAGUUGUUCUUCGUAUCGUUUAAUUUGGUUAGAAAUUGCUAGUGCCAGCAUGAUAUGUUUGUUUGGUCCUGGCUGUGUCAAUUUUGAACAUUUUUUUAGAUGGAUCUGCCACUGUGCCUGCUGUGCCUUUCUGGGAAUGUAUGUAUUUCUCCUGGUGAGAUCAAGAUCUUUUUUUAUUGCCUUUCCUAUGUCUGGGCAUGGCCACAGUGUUGAGAGCCGAAGAUCAUGUUUGCUGUUUGGUCUCUCUGUCUCCUUGUCAUGUCGUCAAUUUUAGUUACUUUUAGUUUUGUGGAAUUGGGUUUUGUGGUGAGGUGGUUUUGCUUUUAUGCUGUGCUGUUUCUAACAUUUAUUUUCAUUUCUAUGAGACACAUCAUGUAGCUCA